CCGGCCAGGACAGCCGAGUUCAUUUACCCUCCGAUCAGUGAGAGCGAACUGUUCCAAAACACGACAAGCGAAGCCAACAUGCUCGGUGUCUUCUGUGCUUUUGUCCUGUUUUCCCUCGUCCACGUCUCCCUGAGUGUGGAAAUGAAAGGGUUAUACGGCAGCUUCAGCUCCCCCGGCUUCCCCCAGCCGUACCCCGACAACCAGCUCAUCGUGUGGAACAUCACAGUCCCAGACGGCCACAGGGUCAAACUCUACUUCACCCACUUCAACCUGGAACCCUCCAACCAGUGUGAAUGUGACUACAUCCAGGUUUUGGCGCAGGGGAACGAAACGUUGCGGUUCUGCGGCGAGGAAGCCAAGAACUCUGAAAGCAGCCCCAGGAACACCAUCAUCCUGUCAGCCGGGAACCUCAUGUCAGUGGUCUUUAGGAGUGACUACUCUAACGAGGGCCGAUUCACCGGCUUCCAAGCAUUUUACACCGCAGAAGACAUCAAUGAGUGUCUGUCCAAAGUGGAUGGGGAGAAAGUGUGUGAUCAUUUUUGCCACAAUUACAUCGGCGGCUAUUACUGCACGUGCAAACAAGGACACCUUCUCCAUGACAACAAAAGAUCCUGCACAGUGCCGUGCCAAAGUCAGGUGUUGACGUCGCCGUCGGGGGUCCUGACCAGCCCAGCCUACCCGAACCCCUACCCUCCCAUGAGUCAGUGUGACCACACCAUCCGUCUGCCGCAAGGCUCCAGAAUAAUCCUGGACUUCCUAGAAACCUUCGACAUAGAGGGACACCCAGACGUUCCCUGUCCGUACGACACGUUAAAGAUUUCCACGGCUGGACAGGAGUAUGGACCCUUCUGUGGCUCGACGCCACCGGGCCGCAUUGACACAGGAAGCUACCAAGUGCAUGUUGUGUUCAGAUCUGAUGCUAGUGGGAAAAACAAGGGGUGGAAGCUCAGAUACACCAGUACCAAGGCUGACUCUAUUCCUCUAAAACUAAUGGCAGAUUGAAACUUAGUUUAAUUUAUUUCUUUUAGUGACAUGCUGCUAUAAUGAAUCAUGUCUCACGUUAAAUGUCAGAAAAACUUCCACUAUAUUUUUUCAUAAUAAACAAAAACAAAUGGACUGUCCUAACAUAAUGAUAAAUGGAGAAGCCGUAAUUAAUGUCACACGUUAUAAAUAUCUCUGUGUUAUAUUAGACUCCACGCUCAGCAUAUGUAGAAAAAGCAUAUUAAGUAAAUGAGACAUACAUUGAAAUACAACCUCUCUCAUUUCAGGACUAUCAGAAACGCUUUUACUUUUAAAGGUGCAAAAACCUUUUUUUAUGCUUUGAUUAUGACACAUUUCAAAUACUGUAUCUUAUGCUGGUCACAAGCCAACAGAACAACUUUGAAACCUCUCUAAUCCCUGUAUAAACAAACCAUUAAAAUCCUGGAUAAGAAGACACAACAGUAUCACCAUUGUCAUAUAUUGGAUAAGUAUGGCUUGUUAAAUUUUGAAAACAUUAUCAUUUAUGCUAAUGUAUGACUGAUUUUCAUGGUUGUUCAUGGUUAUGCGCCCUCACCUCUCAAGUUUUUGUAUUCAUUGUACCUUUGGAAAUACUACCAGGACAACAAGGGCUUCUUCUGGGUGGCAGCAUUGUAUCCCUCUACGUAAAACUGCCUUUGGACAACCUUCUCCUACAAAGCAAUAACAGAAGGGAAUCAGCUCCCCACUGAACUAAAGACAAUAACUGAUUUUAAAGACAUUUCUACAGAAACUAAAGAAUGGAUCCGGAGAAACCAAACCUGUCAGUUGAGUCAAUGUGAGAACAUCAGAUCCUUUUUUAAAAAAUGUGAUUAUUACUCUUCUAUCUUUACUUGUUUCUCUCUUGCCUGCCCCAGAAACUGCAGAUGGAAACUAGUCUGUAUGCUAUAAUCUGGCCCAGAGCAUCUCUACCUUGUGUCUAAUGUUGUUCUGUGCAUGGUCCCUGUCCAAUAUACUAAUUAAAAAAAUAAAUAAUAAUGAUAUUCUCACCAGCA